CAACUGCAGCAGGAAACAUUAUGUUUUCUGCUGCAUUGAUUCUCUCUGGACCUUCAAUACAGAAGGUACUUCGACUGUUUAGUCAUAUUGGCAUUUCAACUAUCGCAAGGCAGACUUUCUCUAAACACCAAAGGCUGCAUGUUCUGCCCAGUAUCAUACAAUUAUGGGAAAAAGAAAGAAACUCAAGGUUGGAAGCCCUUGCUGCUGAUGAAGAAGUAGUUUUAGGAGGGGAUGGAAGGGCAGACUCACCUGGACACUCUGCCAAGUAUGGUGCCUAUACGAUGAUGAAUUUGAAAACAUGCAAGAUUGUCGAUGUCCAGCUAGUACAGUCUAAUGAAGUUACUUCUAGCAGUGCAAUGGAAAAGGAAGGGCUGGUAAGAAGCAUUGCAUCCCUAAGAGAGAGUGGUGUUUCCAUCAAUACUCUGGUGACUGACCGCCACUCCCAAAUACGGAAGUGGAUGAAAGACAAACUUGCAGAUGUUCACCACAAAUAUGAUAUUUGGCACAUCAGCAAAAGCUUAAACAAGAAAUUGAAGGCAGCUGCUAAUCUUUCCAAUUGCGCAUCAAUUAAGCCUUGGAUACAAAGCAUUACCAACCACUUGUACUGGUGUGCUAUAUCCACACCUGAUGGGAAUGCCGAAUUAAAAGUUGCAAAGUGGAAAUCAAUAGCAAGCCACAUACAAAAUAUUCAUUCUGGACAUGACGACCUAUUUCCGAACUGUCUCCACGGUCCGCUGGUUGGCCGAGAACGUAAAAAGAAAUGGAUGGUGCCAGGUAAAUACUUACAACUGUAUAUUAUUAUUACUAAGGCAUAUACUGUAUUAUUGUUUACUGUAACAUUAUUUGAUCAAUUCUAUUUCAGGAAGCAAGGCCACUCAGGUCCUCUUGCCUAUAAUAUUAAACCACAGGCUGUGCCAAGAUGUGAAAAUUAUGAGCGAAACAUUUCAAACAUCAAAAUUAGAAGCAUUCCACUCAACAUUGAAUCAUUUCGCUCCAAAAAUUAAUCAUUUUUCAUAUUGGGGUCAAAAGUGCAGGCAAGUUGAUAUUUUAAUAAUUGGUAUUUUACUGAAUGACCUUGUAUUUGUUGUUCUACAUUGUUUAUAUUGUUUAUUGAGUAAUAAAAUUUGUUUAUAUGUACUUAUUAUUAUUACCACUACCACUGACACUAAAUCAAUAACGUUAAGAGGGUCGGAAUGGCUAAGAAUGAACAAUGUAAAACAAUGUCAAUAAUGACUCUGG